AUGGUGGCUCGGCUCCAACAACCUCUCCAAGUCAAUUUUAAAGGUUAUAAAGGCUUCAUUAGAAAUAAGGAUGAAAAAGAAACACAGAAAGAGGAAGGGAAAACGACUCUUGGUAUAACUUACUAUUAUUUUGUUGGAGAUGAUAAUGAAGUUGAUGAUAUAAAGCCCAUAAGAAUUAGAUUGAAAAAGGAAAUGUUUUUAAACCGUUUGGGCCACGAGGAAUUUAUAACCAAACUGAAUGAAAAAGGAGAGAUAACUUAUAUGGAUAUCUGUUUUGAAUCGGUGGUAGACACUAUUGCCCACGAAUUAGCUCACGCUAUA